UACCUAGUUUGGACGGAAGGAAGAUUUUAAUUCCUAAUAAUGGCGGAGAAAAGAAACGAAACCUUCAUUUUUCCACUCUGAAUUUUUUGGAUCAAUCCAAAAAAUGGUGUGUUAAAUUUUGGUUCUUGAUUUGCAAUCCGAAUCCUUUUGCGCUUCUCUAGUACGGACUAGGAGAGUACUCUACUCUACUUGAUAGGGCUUUUUUGGCUGGCGAGUCAGAAAAGAUACAAUGGCAUACGGCGGUUCGGCUGCUGGAGCUCCAGUAGCAAUGGCGGGGGUUUCGACAUCGGCAGCAUCGACGAUUAGGCAGGUGAAAUUGGAGAGAGAGAGCGAGCUUCGAAUCGAAGUAGCCAACGACACGCCUCUCAAGCUACGCCUCGUUACUGGUACGGCUGAGAUUUUCGGCACCGAGCUCCCUCCUGAAAUUUGGUUAACCUUCCCUCCGAGGCUCAAGUUCGCUGUUUUUACUUGGUAUGGAGCUACAAUCGAAUUGGAUGGCACUACCGAAACGGACUACACUGCAGAUGAGACGCCCAUGAUUAGCUACGUCAAUGUGCACGCCGUACUGGAAGGUAGGAGAAACCGUGCAAAAGCUUCAUCCUCUGAGGGUCCUAGGGUGAUUGUUGUGGGACCUACAGAUUCUGGAAAGAGUACCUUGUCAAGAAUGCUUCUUAGCUGGGCAGCUAAACAGGGUUGGAAACCUACUUUUGUGGACUUGGAUAUUGGGCAAGGAUCAAUAACAAUUCCGGGAUGCAUUGCAGCUACCCCUAUUGAAAUGCCUAUUGAUCCUGUGGAAGGAAUUCCUCUAGAGAUUCCCCUCGUUUACUUUUAUGGGCACACAACUCCUAGUAACAAUGUAGAUCUCUAUAAAGUGCUUGUAAAGGAGCUUUCACAAAUGUUAGAGAGACAAUUUGCUGGUAAUGCUGAAUCUCGAGCUGCAGGCAUGGUUAUCAACACAAUGGGAUGGAUAGAAGGUGUAGGCUAUGAGUUGCUUCUUCAUGCAAUUGAUACAUUCAAUGCCAAUGUUGUCUUGGUUUUGGGUCAGGAAAAGCUUUGGAGCAUGCUCAAAGAUGUUCUGAGGAACAAGCAGCCAAACGUGGACGUUGUGAAACUUCAAAGGUCAGGUGGUGUUGUAUCCAGGAAUGCCAAAUUCAGACAGAAGGCCAGGAGUCAUAGGAUAAGGGAAUAUUUUUACGGCCUUGCAAAUGAUCUCUCCCCACAUUCUAAUAUCGCAAAUUUCAGUGAUUUAUCUGUCUAUCGAAUUGGUGGCGGGCCACAGGCACCACGUUCAGCACUGCCAAUUGGCGCAGAGCCUGCGGCAGACCCUACAAGAUUAGUGCAUGUGAAUAUUAACCGGGAUUUGCUCCAUUUAGUCCUUGCUGUUUCAUUUGCUAAAGAACCUGAGCAAAUUAUUUCAAGUAACGUAGCUGGGUUUAUAUAUGUCACAGACAUUGACAUUCAGAGGAAGAAAAUAACUUAUCUUGCACCAUCCGCCGGUGAACUUCCCAGCAAAUUUUUGAUCGUGGGGACUUUGACAUGGCUCGAAACAUGAAGUAUUUAGAACCUUAAAUUGAAGAGUGAAAGCCUAGUUGCUAAGGCUUCUUGCUAAGGCUUCUUGUUGUACAUUACUCCUACAGUUCUACUGAUGUACCUUGAACUUAGAUUUCGUGUUUAAUCUGAGGGCUUCUUUUAGGCUUCUUGUCGUUUGCUUAGUACUCACCUGUCACAACCCAAAUGAGGGGCUUUAUUUAUUCUGUAUAGCAACUACUAUUAUGGAUGGUGUUCAACAUAAACUGAUAUGAUAUGAUUACAAAUUAGUUUCUGUAAUUUGUAAACUUUUAUAAAAGUCACUUGAGGUUUCAGUUGA